CAACCUCCCGCCGAAUUAUUUUCAUUUUAUUCUCAGCUUGUGUAAUAUUCGGAUGCGGUGUCAACUUGAAGACAGAAUGCUGUUCCACCACAAAACCAAUAAACUUUGAUAUCUCCCAAUUCGGAUGCGGUAAACGGCUUCGAGUAAUUUCAUCUGAUGACCGAGACUUUGGUCAGUCAUUAGAGCGGACACCGUCGGACUUGGCCGUAGCAGAAGCCAGAGAGCAGUCUCCCGCGCAAUCAGUGGGAAUGAUUAUCGCUCGCCAGGGCACCUUUUGAACUGCAAAACGCGCGUGCUCCGAUCCCCCGGUGAUAGAACCUCAGGAAACCCCGUCGAGGAGGCGAAACACAAGGAGUAGCGAGUAGACACUCAUCGAGGAGUUGCUAUUUCGCAUCCAUAACCUAAAAAGGCACGUGCUGUGCGUAGAAGAGUUUUUGUUGGUUGGUUCCGCACCGAACGAGCACUUGCAACCGAAUCCUCUCAGAUUCACGUCCCGAAGAUGUCAACAGCAGCCGACCAGCUCGUGGCACCUGCCGCCCUCACAAACGGGCAACAGUCACUGGUUGUGGCAACAAGCAAUGGCCAAAAGGAGCAGAGGGAGCCACAACAGCAGAUUGAGAACAGCAAGUCCACCUCACCCAAGCCAGGAGCCAUGCCCAGCCUCAAGCUGAACAAGAUGCCAUCGGCGUCCUCCAAGGAGAAGCGUGUCUACAAAAUAGUCCUAACUGGCGGGCCCUGUGGCGGCAAGACGACUGGCCAGUCCCGCCUGUGCACCUUCUUCGAGAACCUUGGAUGGAAGGUAUUCCGCGUGCCUGAAACGGCCACUGUUUUACUCAGUGGCGGCGUCAAGUUCUCUGAUCUGACCGAGAAAGAGGACCCGCCCACGCCAACCACGUUCGUUUACAAAGAUCUGCCCUUCGCCGCUCCGGAGCACAGUCUCAUCGAUCUAACCGCAUCCUGUCCGCGCUGCUUGGCCAAGGCUGCAUCCCGGCCCAAUGGCAGCGAAGCGUACAAGUUCCAGGAGAACCUGAUCCGCACCAUGGUGCAAAUUGAGAACACCUACUUCGAGCUCGGCAACUCGAGCACCCGCAACUGUCUGAUAAUCUGCGAUCGCGGCGUCAUGGACGCCAGUGCAUAUAUCUCCAAGGACAAGUGGGAGAAAAUGAUGGCCGGCAACAAGUGGAAUCCCGUGGAGAUGCGCGACAAUCGUUACAACCAGAUUCUGCACUUGGUGUCGGCGGCCAACGGAGCCGAGGAUUUCUACUCCACAGAGGACCAUGCCUGCCGCUCGGAGGGCGUCGAUCUGGCCAGGGAACUCGACUACAAGUCGGCAGCCGCCUGGGUGGGCCAUCCCUACUUCGAUGUGAUUGACAACUCCACCAACUUCGAGACCAAGAUGAACCGAAUGAUCGAGUCUGUGUGCCAAAAACUGGGCAUCGAUAUUGGCGACCGUUUGCAAGCCACAUCCCGCAAACUGAAAUACUUGAUUGCCGUCCUGCCCCCAGACAACGCGUUCCCGCCCUUCCAGGACUUUGAUGUGGUGCAUCACUACCUGCAAUCGGCCGGGCCCAAGGUGCAGGCUCGCCUGCGGAAGCGCGGCCAGAAGAACCACUGGAGCUAUAUCCACACGCAGCGACGUCCCAAUGUCCAUGGCCAGGCCCGCAUCGAGGUGAAGACCCAACUGACGCAUCGCGACUACAUGAACCUGCUGGCCCAGCGCGACGAUGCCCACUUCACCAUCUACAAGAAGCGUCGUUGCUUCCUCAUCAACAACCAAUAUUUCCAGCUGGACAUCUACAAGGAGCCAGGACAUCCUCGCUGCAAGGGACUGGUGUUGCUGGAGACCUACUCCUCACUCACCGGCGAUGCCCUGAAGAACUGCAUGCCCAAGUUCCUGAACAUCGUGAAGGAGGUGACCGGCGACCCGGACUAUUCAAUGUUUAAUCUCUCGCUGAAAGAGGACUGGAGCACCACCAAAAAGUUCUGCCGCACGGCGACGCAUGUUACGGACGCCACUAAUGGAGUCUCGAGCACGCCGUUGGCCUGUCCCUGGCUCAACUGCCCCUGAAUCUCUUUUUGCACACGCAUAUAACACGGCAGAUGCAAUUAAAUAAGCAACAUCCAUGACCUGGCAACAAAAUGUACAAAAUCCAAAAUCAAGAAUUGUUAACACCAACCGGUCUGUCCCUGAACCACUACUUACACCCGAAUAUUGUUACUUAUUUGUGCGUACUUAGCACCCGGAAGGGGAAGAUGAAACCCGUAAACGAGAGGCCCAUGCGUCGAGUCUUUAGUUAAUAGUAAGCCAAUACCCGUACUUAUCACCCGGAAGCUGAAGAUGAAAGUAAUGGAACUCGAGUCUAUAGUGAAUAGUAAACCAACACCCGAACCGGAGGUCAAGAGCCCCACCCGUACUUAAUUUUAUUGUCAUGUUUUGCUCGUGUUAAUUUUGUAAGCCAUACUAAAUCAAGGGACACCAAAAACACGAUGUAUGUCCAUCCGUAGAUCCGCGAUAAGCAUUGUAUCGUUUUUGUGUCUUUGUGAGAAAUUGUGAACCCCCCUUCUUUUGAACUCUAAAACUGGGGCUAAUUUUAACUCUAACUCUAAGCUUAAAGUAAAUAAGAAUAAACUAAAAGACCACCAA